GGAUUUGGGUCUGGGGUCCCGGGGGUGCCGUACCACGAGCGGCAGCGCCGGCAGCUCUGCGCCCUGCACGCCCUCAACAGCCUCCUGCAGCGGCCCUGGCUCAGCCAGGCCUCGGCCGACCGCCUCUGCCAGCGGCUGGCCCCGCGCUCGUGGCCCAACCCCCACCGCAGCCCGCUGGGCACCGGCAACUACGACGUGAACGUGGUGAUGGCGGCGCUGGGCUCGCAGGGGCUGGCGGCCGUCUGAAUUUGGGGAGGGGUCUCACCGGAAGCCCCCCCAGGCUGGCCCCGCGCUCGUGGCCCAACCCCCACCGCAGCCCGCUGGGCACCGGCAACUACGACGUGAACGUGGUGAUGGCGGCGCUGGGCUCGCAGGGGCUGGCGGCCGUCUGGUGGGACAAGCGGCGGUGAGACCCCUCCCCACAUUCCGCCAGACCCCAGACCCAAAUCCCGGACCCUU